UGUUGUUAUUGUCGUCGUCGUCGUCGUCGUCGUCGUGUCGUCGCGUCGUCGUCAUUGUCGUCAUAGUCGUCGUCGUCCAUGCGUGCGUACAUGCUUGCGUACGUACGUACGUACGUACGUCUCUAGAACUAAAAUAAUCUCUCGCGUUCAGUUUAUUCUACGGGUACGACGAACGAAGUGUAAGAUGGCGGCAGAAAGGCAACAGCAAGAUUUUAAUAGGAGUGCAUUGACGAUCGACGGUGAGCGGGCUUGGUACACCGGACAACGAGCUCAUAAAAUUCCCAAUGGUUUGGUCCAUGUCGUUGGCUGUGAUUGCUUAAGUUUGGAUCUUUCUUACAAUGAAUUAACCUCGGUCACGGCAUUAAAGGAUUUUUCUAGAUUGGAGGAAUUAAUAUUGGACAAUAAUCGGCUACGCGAUUUAAAAACAUUACCUUCUAUGCCAUCUCUGACAACUUUGAGCCUGAAUAACAAUAAGAUAACAAACAUAGAUGAUGCCUUAGAAAAGAUACGUGAUUGUUGUCCCAUUAUCGGUUAUGUGAGUCUCUUAGGAAAUCCGGGAUGUCCCGAUCAGCUAACAAAUCCAAAUUCAACAGACGAGAACGAUUACGAACGUUACAGGUUAUAUGCGAUUUAUACAUUACCAUCAACUCUACGGUUUCUCGAUUCACGAGUAAUCACUUUGAAAGAGAGAAACGACGGGAAAAAUCGUGGAAGAUAUUCGAAAACGAUUAAAGCGUUCACAAAUCAAACCAAUGAUAAUUUAAUAAGCUUACCACUUCCAAAUGAAUUUGACGACGCUUAUUUCAAUAUUAGAUAUACGCCAUUGCCAAUAACUAAUCGUACACCACAAGAUCACCGAGGUGCAUUUGGAAAGUGCAAGUAUCGUUAUUCUGGCAAAAAUUCGGAAGGCAACAGAUUUAUCUUCAACAAGGAUCUAUGAAAUCGAAAAUAAAGUAAUGGUAAAAUUACGAACGAUCUCAUCCAAUCACUUUAGUGAUUUAUUUAACGAUAAUAUUAAUUCAUAUGAUUUCAUUGAACACUCUUUUGUUUAUUUUUGUAAACUUAUAUUAAAUGUCGAUAGGUUUAAGUACAAAAAUUGUUGAUGGUAUAAUUGAAGAGAAAGAGGAAGAAAGAGAGAGAGAGAGAGAGAGAGAGAGAGAGAGAGAGUGAGAGAGAGAAAGAGAGAGAGAAAAGAAACAAAUACUAUCGAUCGAUUUAUCGCAAAAACUUCGAUCUCCUUUUAAUAAUAUUGGUCCUUAAUGUACACAAUGUACUCAAUUACAACGACAUUAUUAUAUAUGCAAUAAAUUCAAUAUAUCGGACGAUUCGUAUAUCGAGAAAGACAAA